GCCAACCUUGGCACCCACCACAGCUGCCCGUCAUGGCGCAACCGCAACCGCAACCGCAACCGCAAAUCAUUAUCCGGGAAAACCCCAUCGGGAAAGGUCUCGACGCAUUCCGCGCGUUAUUCAAGGCAUUAUGCGCAGUUGAGGAUGUCGGCGAUGGUUUGGAGAAGGCGUUGGACCAGCUCGGCCCGAAAGAUGUGCGCGACCUGCACUUCGAUGUCAACAAAGACGGACUUAGGUUCGUUUACACGAUCCUCGGGUUCCUCUACAUGGAUGAAGAGCAGUUGGGAUUCGAUCCCACGAUAAUAACGACAGCAGGCGAGCGGUACACUGAAAUCACGCGAGACGGCCAGACAGAGCGUCUGAUUAUCGAUGAAUUGAUGCAGCCUCACCGCGCCGGAGACCCGCAGACGCUACUCGUCACCAAGGACUCGUGGCAGUACAGCGAACGGCAAGAAGGACAGCUCCUGGAUGAAGCGACAAGAAGAGGCGUGGUGAAUGUAGCGAGGUACUACCGUCACGAGACUGUUCACGUUCGCAGAAAAGAGGACGACGUUCGACAUAACGUCCGAGGGGGGCUGGAUGUCACCACAGCGGAAAUGAUCCGCCUACCCAGGCGUUCUGCUAUGUCCCCUUUAACAAGUGCGGCCGGUGUCUCAGAGACACGUCUGAAGGGGGUCCGGAACCGGUCGUCUAGUCUCGAAGCAGCACGUUUGCCACCCAGCAAACGAUCCCGUUCGGAAUCUUCAGCAACAGCCGAGGAGGGCGUCUCUGCCAACCGUAUCCACCGGCGGGUUAUUCUCCGCGACUACGGGAGGCCAAUUUUCACCGCAAGCUCUCGGGAAUCUCUACUUGGUGCUCUGGAGGCUUGCAUAACGGGGCACGAGUCCUUGCACGAUGCCGUAAACGAGGAUGAAGAUAACGUAUCCUGGCCAGCUUUUUUGAUCGGCCUGGACCUUGGGACCAAGGAGGCUCGUCUGAAGGCGUCAGGCGUAAAGGGCAACACGGGUACGAGGGCGUUCAUGGCCAUCGAUGUUCUUCGCGUCGUUCUUUUGGUCUUGUUCUGGAUCUGUAUCCAUUACAAGGGCCCGGGGAGAGGCAGGGUUAUUCCCGAGUUCGACAAGUGGAACUACAUCGACAUGGCUACGCUGGCAUACAUCAAGCAGGGCCAAGUAAGCGACGAACGCGACUUCACCCGGCUGGCGCAGGAGAACUUCACGCCAUUCUACCGGCCGCUGACCCCUUGGGUCAACCGGCUGCGCAGGGUCGUCUUUCCAAACGGCUACAGGCAUCAGAUAGAAGACGCGGGACUGCAUCUCCAUAUGAGGGAGGUGUUGCAGGCGGCGCGAGAGACCGAGGCGAUAAUUGAAGGUGGAGCGGUAGCUGAGUAG